GGUCCCACCGCGCUCCUCCUGCUCCUCAUCCCUGCCGAUGUCAGUCGCCUGCGCCCCGCGGGCUCCGGGCCUUUGUCUCCCCCCCCCGUGCCCUGUCCCGGCGCUGGGAGGAGGCAGCGGCGCCGCCCGGCUUCCUGCCUCCGCCCGCCCCAGCGGCUGCCGCCCGCCGGAGCCCCCUCCCGCGCCGUUCAGCUCCGGCGUGCGCGGGCAGCAACGCGGGACAUGACGUCACUCCUGCGCGGGUGACGACAGCGCGGCGCCUGCGGCGGCGCCACCAGACCCGCAGCCUCCACGGGCCGACGCGCUCACGCCCUUCCCUCGCGUCUGCGUGCGCGGAGACACCCCCCCACUCCCCCCCCCCAACUUCCCCGCCCGUGCCCGGCAACAGGCGGCAUCGCCGAUAUGACGUCACAGCCGUACGUGGGCCCGCCGUGGUGACGUAUGCGUGAGGGGGCGGUGCCGCCUCCCUCCUUCCGCCCGCGCGUGCGCGCGCCCGGCGCCAUCUUGUGUCGAGGGGCGCGCUGAGGCGGCGGCAGCACUGCAUAAUGGAGAAUUACAAGAAGACCAAAAUUGUGGAGAAACCUUGUCUUCUUCCUUUCACCAACCUGCCCCCUGAUAUUAUUGAAAUGAAAGUGAAGGAUGGGAGUAAAAUCAGAAAUCUGAUGGGCUAUGCCAUCAGCAAGAUGGAACUGGACUCAGUGAGGCAGAUCCUUUUCACUGGCUCAGGCAAGGCCGUGUGCAAGACCAUUACCUGCGUGGAAAUCAUGAAACGAAGGCUCAAAGAGCUGCACCAGAUCACCAAAGUGCUCUUCAAACAGAUCGAAGAGAUUUGGGAACCCAUUGUGCCUGAGGCAGGCCUCGAUGCCUUGACAGUGAAGAGAAACAUUCCUGCUAUUUGUGUCCUACUCAGCAAAGAUGCCCUUGAUCCCCAGGAGCCGGGGUACCAGGCUCCGGGCUCUUUUGACACCUUCUGGAUCGAGACACUUAAAGCGGAGUCCCAGGGCCAAAUGAAGAGGAAGCAGGGUGGAGGCAGGGGAGCUGGCAGCACAGGAAAGCUCCCUCGGUCGGCUGGAGGAGCACCUGGGGAGCCCUGCGCCAAGUCCUGAGACGCGGACACUGUGUUUGGGUGUAGUCUGGGGGAGUUGUGGAAACAAGCCAGCUGCUGUAGCUGGAAAGCUGCUGCUGAACAUGGGGGCUUGCAGAGUUGUUAGGGGAGGGCGGGAGAGGUUAACUGUUUCACAAUGGCCGUGAUUGUAGGCGUCUGGAACUUGUGUUUUGACAAGUUCCCUUGUCAAAGGCUACCAGGCCGUGCUCUUCAGCGUGCGGUUCAGGGAAGACAGGAGUCGUCUCUGCUUGAGCAAGGACCAUUGGCGUCUCGUCAGUGAGCCCCGGCGAGUGGCUGCUUGGGGAGCGGGGUUUCAGCUGCUUGGGGCGGUGUGGCAGCCCAGGCGGCAGGCACGCCUGUCAGGCGCCCGCUGGCAUGGCUGGUGGAGGUGGCUCUUGCUGCGGUACAGAGGGGGGAUGGGACCCGACGGGGAUUCCCCUGGCUGCCGCCUGCGUCACCGGAGCUCAUCUGAACGGGACAACGGGGCACGGGGCUGCCUUGGUUACGUCUUCUGUGCCUGAAAGUCCAUCAGCUGCUGAGCCCGUCAGGGGGUUUGAAUGUAGGAUUGCGGUGGUACAACUCCCGUGUGCGACUGUGUGCAUGUCGCACCCGUUCUGUCCUUUCACCUCGGUGGAGCUGACGGUUACAUCUCUCUCUGCCAAAGUGGCAGGAGUCGACUCGUGUCACAACCAGCCUGAAAUCCUGUAGCUGCACGAGUGCCCUGGGGUGGUGGUAAUGGUAAGGUCCAAAGGACCCUGUUCUUUCCCCUUUCUGCUCCUUUUCAAUGCACAGAGAUGGGUUUAAAAUAAAGUUUCCUCUUCUUGUAAU